AUGCCGCGAGUAAUUCCUGGACAGUCUAAACCCGCUCCGCUCCCAAGAACUCGAAGAAGUCGACUCGUUGACUCUCUUUCUCAUGUUGAUGACCAGCCAUCUAACGGCCCUCGGGAGUCCCCUUUUCUGCAGGAAUCACAGGCAUCGUUCUAUUUAUCUGAAAAUGCCCCAUCCCCAGCAUCGAUUAGGCUGCAUCAGGAGCCAGCAGUUCAACGCUUGGAACCCGCAGCGACAAAGUUCGCGAGAGUAAUCGAGAUGGUGAUACAUUUUGAGAAUGACGCUACUGCCGCGGCUAACAAUGUGCACAAGUUGACACGACUCCUGGAUGCUGGUAGUUCUCCUGAAAAUCAGUAUGAUGCCUGUGCCGUGCUGCAUAAGCUUGCCCAAAAACAGGCUUCACGUAAUGGUUUGGCUGUUAAUCCCCAGGUGUUGGAGAGCCUAGUGCGCUUACUUCAGACCACCCAGGACAUAGACACCCAAACGGAAGCCUCCUUGGCCCUGCGCCAGUUGUGCAAUGCAAAGCCAGCUGCCUCCGCUGUCGGUCAGUACCUCCCCAUUCCCACUCUCGUGCAACUGCUAAGGUAG